AGAAAACAUUCCAUACAAAAGAGAGGAAUGAAAACCAUUUACAUUCAGUGUGACUUUCAUAACAGUGGAUUUGAAAGCUAAAAAUAAGAUAGCAAGGAGGUUAGCUUGGUUUUCUUGGUUUUAAGAGGAAACAAUGGCCCAGAGUGCAUGCAUGAAAAAAAUUGAGUAUAUUUUUUUGGGUUAAAAGUUGCAUGAAUUUUAGAGCAGAAAUUUUUACUGCACCUACAAUGAAGAAUUCACUCACGAACCUAAGGUCAUCAUUCCUUGUUCUAAGGAGAUAUUAAAGUGGCUAAUAACCAAUUUCCAAUAAUUAAUUAAUCUGCAAAGCUUUAGCCAAUUCGCUUCUCUUACAUUAGAAAAAGCUGAAAAGCCCUGGCUGUGAAAGCAUCAAUCUGAUUUUCUUUAAAGAUCAUGAGCUUCAACAACAGCUUAAUAAGCUUGAGAUUAACCUGGGCCCCAGCAAUUCAAUGGACCCAAAAAAAGCCCAUAAACUUCUUGAACAGGCCCAGGAUGAGCCUUUGGCCCAACCCAUUUUCCUUGAGCCAAAAUGGGCAAAUUUCGCAUCAAUACACCCAGUUAUGUAGAUUAGAUGACUCGCUGCCUUGCAACGAUUCACAAAUCAGUAUUGAGUCUAUUGACGGAGGAAGGUAACGAGGAUGUGGGUUCUUACUUGUUAGCGCUGAAAGCCUGAAAGGACAGUUACACGUUCCGAGUGUUCCUAACAAUAUUAUAACUAUUCAGUUAGUUAGGCGCAGCGAGCAGAGAGAAACGUCCACAAUCCAAGCUAAAAACUGAAAAGAGUGAAAAAGAUGGCGACGAGAGAGAGGGAUAGAGAUCGAGGGAUUUUGAUACCCGUAGUAGGAGGCAUUUCAGAACAUGGUGGAGGCUCCAAAUCUUCGUCGGGUGUGACUUCUCCUUCCGUUUCUUUGUCUCAUCACACAGGAAGAGAGGCAUUUUAUAAAGUUAUCCGUAGCUGGGCUUCUAAAAAGUUUAUGACAGGAUGUGUCAUACUUCUUCCUAUGGCCAUCACCUUCUACACCACUUGGUGGUUCAUUCACUUUGUAGAUGGAUUCUUCUCCCCAGUCUACACUCAUCUGGGGAUCAAUACAUUUGGUCUUGGAUUCAUCACUUCAAUCACUUUCAUCUUCUUAAUUGGUGUGUUCAUGUCCUCAUGGUUGGGAGCUUCUGUUCUUGGUUUGGGUGAAUGGUUCAUUAAGAAAAUGCCACUUGUAAGUUAUAUUUAUUGUGCCUCAAAGCAAAUAAGUGCAGCAAUAACCCCAGAUCAGAACUCUCACGCCUUCAAGGAAGUGGCUAUCAUAAGACAUCCACGUGUUGGAGAAUAUGCCUUUGCCUUCAUCACAUCAACAGUGAUCCUACAGACGAGUGAUGGCGAAGAGGAGCUCUGCUGUGUUUAUGUUCCCUCAAACCACCUAUAUGUUGGAGAUGUUUUUCUCAUCAGCUCAAAGGAUAUUAUGAGACCAAAUUUAUCUGUAAGAGAAGGGAUUGAAAUUGUAAUUUCUGUGGGAAUGUCAGCACCUCAAAUAAUAACUACAGUUGAUGCAAAAGCCAUUCGCUCUGCAAGAGUUGGCAGGAGCCUAAGAUUCACAGUUCCACCAGUCUAAUGGGAACCUGCAAAUAAUGAGCCUUAUUUAUUUUGUUUUUAUCCUCUAGAAAACAUGGGAUGUUGGUCAUUGGUAACCUGUGACAAAUCCUGCAUCGAUGAAUCUGAAUCUUAACAGUAUUAGAUGACCAACAGUUAAGAAGGAUCAACUUGCUAGAAGGUAUUGAAACACAAGGCCAUUGGAUAUUUGGAUCAGAGUUCAUUGGAGUAACAAGGCUAUUCACUUGACGCAAACAUCCAAUUUCCUAGGAUUAUCCUUCUCCCUUUUCUAUUUAUUUUUUUUCGGUUUUAGAUUGUAGAGUCUUGGUCCCAGGAGUACCUAGGCAGUCUGUGACAGGACUAUUUUCGGUUUUAGAUUGUGAAGUCUUGGUCCCAGGAGUACCUAGACAGUCUUUGACUGGGGUACAUCCAUCCAAUUCUUACCAUCAUUUGUUGUAGCUUACUAAUUGGUAGAAGAAACGAAAAAGUCUUGACAAAAUUAAC